AUGUCUGCCGUUCUCAAUGUCUGUCUUGUGUCCCCAGUGCUUAAUACGGGAGGCUUGUCAGGAAACUCAACUUUGGCGGCAUCUUGUUAAGGAUGUUGUCCCCGUCCAAGGUCCUGAAAUCUCCUUUCCGAAGCAUGCGUCAUGUGACUUCACCAAGCACUGCCUCGCUCAGCACCGAGCCUCCUGGUUUCUGGAGAUUUCAUGUAGAAAAAAAGGACGAGCCCCAAAUCCCUUCCCCUCUCAUCUUGCGUUGUUUUGACUGUUUUUUUUUCACCACCCCCCUCUCCCCCCACAACCCAAAAUGUAUCCCUCCCCCUUUCUGCCAAUGAGGACCUUCAAAGCGCUCGGAGUAUGAAAAAAGAUUUCAGGAUCCUGGAUUUGCGCCGCUCUUUUCCUCUCUUUUCACUUAAAUGCCAUCACGGUGAACGCGUCGGACGGAGAGGACGAGCCUGCUGCUAGUGGUCCGCAUUCAGAAAGUCAACAUCUUGUUUUUCUUCAUUUUAUUUUUCCCCGGAGCGACUUCAGAAGGAUGUAACAACCGAUUCACCUUGCGCAAGUCUCCUUGUCAAAAUGCAAAAGGGAAUACGACUUAAUGAUGGUCAUGUCACCUACCUGGGGCUUUUGGCGAAAAAGGAUGGUACGAGACGAGGGUGCUUGAGCAAAAAGAGCUCAGACAACACGAAAUGGCACACAAAGUGGUUUGCUUUGUUACAAAAUAUGCUCUUUUAUUUUGAGAACGAGUCCAGUUCUCGACCCGCGGGAUUAUACCUGUUGGAGGGAUGCAUAUGCGACAGGGCGCCUUCACCGAAACCCUCACAGUCAGCCAAGGAGUGUUUGGAAAAGCAGUACUAUUUCACUGUCAGCUUCACACAUGAAAAUCAAAAGGUGCUCGAAUUACGCACUGAAGAUGUGAAGGACUGCGAUGAAUGGGUGGCUGCAAUAUCACACGCCAGUUACAGAAACUUGGCCAACGAGCAUGAGACUCUCAUGCAGAAGUAUCUUCAUCUGCUUCAGAUUGUGGAGACGGAGAAAACAGUUGCUAAGCAACUUCGACAACAGAUAGAAGAUGGGGAAAUAGAGAUUGAAAGGCUAAAGUCAGAGAUCUCUGCGCUGCUCAAGGACAAUGAAAAGAUUCACGACAGCCCUGCAGCCGCCCCCACUGAUGAGGACUCAGAAAUCAAGAAAAUCAAAAAAGUCCAGAGCUUCCUGCGAGGCUGGAUUUGCAGAAGGAAGUGGAAGACAAUCAUCCAGGAUUACAUCCGCUCGCCCCACGCAGAGAGCAUGAGGAAGAGGAACCAGGUGGUGUUCAGCAUGUUGGACUCGGAGGCAGAGUACGUCCAGCAGCUUCAUAUCCUUGUCAACAACUUCUUGAGGCCCCUCCGCAUGGCAGCCAGCUCCAAGAAACCGCCCAUCACCCACGACGACGUCAGCAGCAUAUUUCUCAACAGUGAAACAAUCAUGUUUCUACAUCAGAUAUUUUACCAGGGUCUAAAAGCCAGAAUAGCGAGCUGGCCAACAUUAGUGCUGGCUGACCUGUUUGAUAUCCUGCUGCCCAUGCUGAACAUCUACCAAGAGUUUGUGAGGAACCACCAGUACAGCCUGCAGAUCCUGGCUCACUGCAAGCAGAACCGAGACUUCGACAAGCUGCUGAAGCAGUACGAGGCCAAGCCCGACUGCGAGGAGAGGACCCUGGAGACUUUCCUCACCUACCCCAUGUUCCAGAUUCCCCGAUACAUUCUUACACUCCACGAACUUCUGGCCCACACACCCCAUGAACAUGUUGAGAGAACCAGUCUGGACUAUGCCAAAUCCAAGCUGGAGGAGCUUUCCAGAAUCAUGCAUGACGAAGUAAGCGAGACCGAGAACAUCAGGAAGAACCUGGCAAUAGAGCGCAUGAUCGUAGAGGGCUGCGAGAUUCUCCUCGACACCAGUCAGACGUUUGUAAGACAAGGGUCUCUCAUCCAGGUGCCGAUGAGCGAGAAGGGCAAGAUCACCCGUGGGCGACUGGGCUCUCUGUCUUUGAAGAAGGAGGGCGAAAGGCAGUGCUUUCUCUUCUCCAAGCAUUUAAUCAUCUGCACCAGGGGUUCUGGUGGAAAGCUUCACCUUACCAAGAAUGGAGUCGUCUCGCUUAUAGACUGCACUCUACUGGAGGACCCUGAGGUGACAGACGAUGAGACCAAAUCAGACAAGAGCGGCCAGGACUUGGAGCACCUGGACUUCAAGAUUGUUGUGGAGCCAAAGGACAGCCAGUCAUUCACAGUCAUCCUGGUGGCCUCCUCGAGGCAGGAGAAGUCUGCGUGGACCAGUGACAUCAGCCAGUGCAUAGACAACAUCCGCUGCAAUGGGCUGAUGAUGAACGCCUUUGAAGACAACUCCAAAGUUACAGUGCCGCAGAUGAUCAAAUCCGAUUCAAGUCUGUACUGCGACGACGUGGACAUCCGCUUCAGUAAGAUGAUGAACUCCUGUAAGGUCCUGCAGAUCCGCUACGCCAGCGUUGAGCGCCUGCUGGAAAGACUAACUGACCUCCGUUUCCUCUCCAUCGACUUCCUCAACACCUUCCUACACUCCUAUCGCGUGUUCACCACCGCUGAUGUGGUACUAGACAAACUCAUCACCAUCUACAAGAAGCCCAUCAGUGCCAUCCCUGCUCGGUCCCUGGAGUUAUUCUUUGCCAGCAGUCAGAACAGUAAACUACUGUACGGAGAGCCUCCCAGCUCGCCCAGAGCCAGCAGAAAGUUCUCCUCCCCACCUCCUCUGGCUAUUGCCAAGAAUUCAUCACCAAACCGCCGGCGCAAGCUCUCCCUCAACAUCCCCAUCAUCACUGGGGGCAAAGCGCUUGACCUGGCUGCCCUCAGCUGCUCCUCAAAUGGCUAUGCAAGCAUGUACGCCAUGUCUCCAUUCAGCAAGACCACCUUGGACAUCAACAAGCUUUACGUGUCCAGUCCCAUCUCGAGCAAAAUCACUGAUGAGGGGGAGGACAAGAAGGACAAAGUGGAGGAUACAUCAGUGACCAAACAAGAUCUCUCUGUACGAGAAGAAACUGACAAUGAUCCAAACCAGAGUGAUGAAGGGGACCAGGAAGCCUCUCCCACCAAAUCCCCAACCACGCCAAAAAACAUCAAAUGCAAAAACCCCUCAGAAUUCUCCCUUUUUUCCUACAACAAUGGCAUGGUGAUGUCCUCCUGUCGAGAGCUGGAUAACAACCGCAGUGCCGUGUCUGCCGCCUCUGCCUUUGCCAUUGCUACGGCGGGGGCCAAUGAGGGCACACCGACCAAGGAGAAAUAUCGCCGGAUGUCCCUCGCCAGUACUGGUUUCCCAACAGAUCAGAGAAAUGGAGACAAAGAAUUUGUGAUCAGACGAGCAGCAACCAACAGAGUCCUGAAUGUUCUGAGGCACUGGGUGUCCAAACACUCUCCGGACUUUGAGAACAACAAUGAGCUGAAGACAAAAGUUAUUGUCUUCCUGGAGGAGGUGAUGCAUGACCCUGAGCUGUUGACCCAGGAGAGGAAAGCAGCUGCCAACAUCAUCAGGACUCUAACUCAGGAAGACCACGGCGACAAUCAGAUCACCCUUGCAGACGUUACGCAGGUGAUGGGUGAAUGGAAGGUCGAGCAAUUUGAGAGUCACUCUGCGUUGGAGAUCGCAGAACAACUCACUCUGCUGGAUCACCUGGUGUUUAAGGUCAUCCCAUAUGAGGAAUUCUUUGGACAAGGCUGGAUGAAGAAUGACAAAAACGAGAAGACACCGUACAUCAUGAGAACAACAAAGCACUUCAAUGAUAUAAGCAACCUUAUUGCCACGGAGAUCCUGCGCUGCGAUGACGUGGUCCCUCGGGUGUUUGUCAUAGAGAAAUGGGUGGCAGUAGCAGACAUCUGCCGCUGUCUCCACAACUACAAUGCCGUGCUGGAGAUCACCUCCUCCCUCAACCGCAGCUCUGUCUUCCGUCUCAAGAAGACUUGGCUCAAGGUUUCCAAGCAGACAAAAGCCUUGAUUGACAAGCUGCAGAAGCUGGUCUCAUCAGAGGGGAGGUUCAAAAACCUGAGAGAGGCUUUGAAGAAUUGUGAUCCUCCGUGUGUGCCCUAUCUGGGGAUGUACCUCACAGAUCUGGCUUUCAUUGAGGAGGGAACGCCUAACUACACUGAGGACAGCUUGGUCAACUUCUCAAAGAUGAGAAUGAUUUCUCACAUCAUCAGAGAAAUCAGACAGUUUCAGCAAACCGCAUACAAAAUUGACCUGCAACCAAAGGUAGCCCAGUAUCUGCUGGACAAUAGCUUUGUUCUGGAUGAAGAAAGCAUGUAUGAAGCCUCUCUCAGAAUUGAGCCUAAAGUGCCCAACUGAAGUUGGUUAUCCACAUUAUUUCCUCUGGUAAUAUUACACAUAAAUUAAGGAACGCAUCAGCUUGUGUAUGGUUGUACAUGUUUAAGAUAUCGGAACUUCUGUACAGUACAUGUUUAAGGUUGUUUGACACAAUAUAUUUCAGUUUUCAGUGUAUAUUUUUCAUUUAUUACUGUUGCCAUGACGCAAACUGCUUUAAGGUUUCUUUUUUCAAGCAUAAUAACAGAGGUCCCUUUGCCUGCACGUAACUGUGUCUUCUUAGUGACCAAUGACAUUAUUUUGCAUUAUCUCAUUUCAAUCAGGACAGACUAAUAAGACAGAUAAUUGACAAACAUUUAUUACACAGUAUAAUAUUGCAAUCGUGCAGAAUCUUUGGCGUUUGGACUCCAUCCUAAGCCGGGAUAAUAAAGGGGCCAUGAUGCCAAGUUCUGCUUGGCCGAAUCCCCCCAAAAGAUGAAUUUUAUGUGCAUAAAAUGAACAGUGUCUAAUCUACUGCCGCCGCAGCGUCCUAAGAAAAGGAGACAUAAUCACGAGAGAAAUGGUUUUCAACAUCACUUAGACAAGCUAGCCGGAGUAGCCCCGGUGACUAGUAAAGCGAAAAACACCCACUAAAGUGCCAAGCUCGAACUGGUCACGUUAGACCCGGAGGCCACAGGGGUCUCGUUAGACCCGGAGGCCACAGGGGUCUCGUUAGACCCGGAGGCCACAGAGGUCUCGUUAGACCCGGAGGUAACAGGGGUUCGAGGACACCAGAACCAGUUAUGUGCAUGACUUAAGGGUAGUUGUUUCCAAAACUCGUUGAUUUUUUUUGCAAUAGUCAAGCGGUCAUGAUAGACCCGGCCGCAACCAGCGGUCACAAUAGACCCGGCGGCCACAUGGCGGUUACCUAUCCCAUUGAAACCCCUAACAAACUGUCAGUAGGCUUCAGCUCCUGGCCAACGAUGCGGUUGUGGCUCUUGGGGAAACCCAGGCGCCAUCCCUGCUAGCUGCACAGAAAAUCUAUGGCGAAAAGCCUCGCUAUUACGCACUCUUGUCAACAUGCCACGAGUGCAGUUUGGCUUUAGGCUGGAGCAUAGCUCUGCAACGCGGCUGAGUCUUUACGCACAGUUGUCGAUGAACUUUUUCAUUUUUCUGCUUGUUGCCGAGCAGUUCCCCGCCAGAAUAGGUGGAAUAACGUUUUAUUUUUUUCUCGAAGCUAACACAAAGAAUGGCAUCUUUGUGUAAAAGUUGGUUUGUUCUUCAUCUUUAUUUAUUUUCACCUUCCUCUGACAUAUUUAUCCCAUAUUCCAGCCGCAAAUUGUACACCACUCGAUCGGCAAAACAACGUUUGCGGAGAUCUCCCUCCAUGAAUUGGAGGUCACUUGCACGUUCUUAUAGUUCGCAAGUAACGUGUUGUAUGUAAGUGGUCAUGUUUCCGUAUCUAUUCUGACGAAGCGCUUCGAUUUGGUUCAAGUAGAGGUGUCGCCGACGGGCGGGCAGAGCUGGGUGACCCAAUGCCGCACGGAUAACGAGACUGUCGCUGGCAACCCUGAGCAGGAAUUCCAUCUACACCAGGAACUAUUUUACCGGGACUUGUUCCGUAGCAGGACUUCCUGAAAGCUUCCUGUCCAUAUUAAGUUUCUCUUACUAAAUUUCUUACUUUGAACUUACUUUGAAACCCAACACACACCUAGGCUUGGGUAUCGAGUAUCGAGGAUCGAUUGGAAUUGGGACUAGCUUUGCGAUUUAUCCGUAAUCGUUCAAAAGUUUUAAUUCGAUUCCUACUUUCGAUUCUCAGUCCGCCGACCGGAAAUAGAAACUACUGAACACCAACGAAGAAGCGUCCACCGGAAGUGUUGGCACAACAGCGCGAUCGAAAGUAGAUAGCGUGCAUCGGCGGUCCAAAGUGUGGUUACACUUUUCGAAACAAACCCGAAAACUUGGCAAACUGCAACAUUUGCAGCCAAAUUGUUUCAUGCAUAAGAGGGUGCACGUCAAAUAUGAUUAAGCACCUCCGAGGUCAUGGAGUGGAAGUAAAUGUGUGCCCCAUCUUUAACGCGCUGCACCAACCGUCCUCCGCUGCCUCUUCCUCUGGCUCCAAGAGUUAGCCCAUCAGUGGGAGCAAGGUAACGUUUAAGUUAACCUGCAGUAUCUUACACUCAUGUGUAAAUGUGUUUUGUGAGGUUUCAAAAAUAAAGCUCUUGAGGAAAGUGUACCCCUGUUAAAAUAUAUUCAUAAUUUAUAAUGUUUAUACAAUAUUCAAGUUCAUAGUUUGAUAUUUAUAUUGUAGUUGAAAACAGCCCUGUUAGAAAUUCAUAGUAAAGUUAAUAAAAAGUAAAAAGUUCAUAGAAUUAACAUUGAUGGAGAAGGUCAGAGUAUUUCCUUCAGAAAGACCCUUGGUUAGCUAGCUCAUUUAAAAUAUCUUAAACUUAAACUUUUUUGACCCUGCCUCUUAAAAGAAUCGGAAUCGAGACAAGGAAUCGGAAUCGUUCAAAUUCAAACGAUACCCAACCCUACACACACCCAAUUGUGAUACUUUCCUAUUAUUGCUAGUGGUCCUGCUUGUUGUGUAUUUAUUUAUGCUAUACAUUGUCUAUCAUGGCCCAUAAUUUGAAUAUUCACAGUCAUUGUCCAGGUAUAGCCAUUAUUAGGCUAUACUGAUCUUUUAGCAGAGCCGUUCCCUUGUAGUCAAGUCGGUGAAUACUUUGGAAACUUUACGGUACUGGUUGUAGCAUCAUACUCCCCUCAGGCUAGGGCUGCACGGUAUGGCCAAAAUCCACAUCACGGUGUUACGAAACAUUCUGACGGUAUCCCGGUAUAUCGGGGUAUUGUUUUUCCAAGUAAACACAUUCAUUGACCCUGAAAACGACCGGCUACCCGAACGCUGGCCAACAUUCUUGAAACUGGCCGGUGAGUUAGUUUGUUAGCAUGUUAGCUUGUUAGUGUGUUAGCUUGUUGUGGCUGCAAACAGCCUACCCGAACAGCUGUUCACGGCUCAGCUACCCGACAGCGUUUGUUGUGGGUUAUUCAUGGUUAUAAAGUUAUCCAUGACUCAAUCUCAGCACAAAACUACCUCCGACCGCCGGGCGAUGUGUGAUGACUGUAAAAAUAAAAUCUGCCGCCUGACGAAGAGCAACUCUGUUGUUAUGGUGUAACACCGGUAUGAAUGGUAUGUGAGAAAUUCAUACCAUAGGGAGAUCUUAUACUAGCCCUAUCUCAGUCCAUACAAUACGUCCCGGUAGACGCCAGCGCUACGUGCUAAACCGUGGAGCGGUUACUUUAAACACCGCAGCAUCACCUCCCGACGCGGCGCUAGCAUCACAUGAAGACGGCCGAAUAAUGCCAACCGGGGUAUCGCUUUUUGUCACAGAGCUUCACCUGAGCGUGUCAAUAUGUUCGCCGUUUAGUAUCUUUACGCCUGCCCGGUGGACGACCCGGGACUGGGGAUGCUCCACGAUGCUGCUUUCAUUGUGAACAAAGUGGCUCCACGUUUCCCAGCGUUGGAAAUGAAGUGAUGAGUCGUCACCGGCCCGGAGUGGCUGGUAGAGAGCCCGUCCGGGGUGUAGGCCUCUCCGGUUAGCCCGCAUAGGUUGUGCUAGUCGCUCCCUCACAGACCUAACGUUAAACCCUUAACAGCACGACUGUUUUAUGCCCUGGCUCUUAUGAAGCCCUUGUAGUUGCUUCUGAAUUAUUGUACUUGCUUCUUGUUCUGUACCCUCUGAUGAAUGCACUUCUGGUCCCUUUGGCUUAAAGCUCCCGCUGAAUGAACGUUACGUAAAACAUAAUGGGCUGCUUUUGAUUCACUCAUCCUUCUCUGUCCUGGUGCGGUCGGCAGGCAGGGAUCGACCCGCUCUCUGCCGGCUGUGAGCUUUACGCACUAACACCUGGGCAGAGGGAAGCUUGGUGCUGGUACCACGCAGCGCUCUUAUGUUUAGCCUCAGUGGCGAAUGCUACCACGCCGGAACCUCGGCCCGCUCUUCUUUUCUCUGUCUUUACGGGCCCCAACAUCACAUCCAGUUUCGCAAUGCAGAGAGAACCCUUUAAAGGUUGACAGCAAUUAUGUGAUUGGUUUACAGCCACAGCGCCGCCUCUGAUGGUCGUAUACCCCUGGGUGCAGCCAAUCGCAGCUGAUUGGAUAAUUCUGGGAGACCAGCAUGUGGCAUAAAGGUAGUCUUCCUUCUAGAACUACCGCUUAAGCCCCAUACUGUAUUGACUUUGCACUUUCUAAGUACCCGUUGGCUGUUGUUCCUACUGAGUUUCUCUGCAACCAAUGUAGCAUUUUAAAAAUGAACCGGCGUCAUUUCAGGUAAAACACCACACAGAGUAGAACUGGAUAUAAAGAUACGGAUCAAUGCUCAGUGAGGCACCAAAAGCAUGUCUCAAUGAUUCCAAAAACAAGAAGGAUUUGCAUUUUAAUUGGUGUUCUCUACUCCAAAGUCAGAUGUUAUAAAAUGUUUUUUUUUUCCGGGAUCUACCCUAAGCUUCAUAAAAAGUUAUAAAUAACAAAACUCAAUUUUGACAAGAAGGUUACAUCACAUCAUUAUUUCAGUGUUAGGGUUGUUUGAAUAAUUUCAUAAUUUAAAUUGAGGGGAUCACCUAAAGAAUGAAAAUGAUGGCGCUCAAGGAGAUGGAGAAGAGAUUACCUCAGGAAAUUGUGGAUAUUGUUUCUAAGGGCUGUCUUUGUCCAAAGAAAUUCUUAGUGAACUCACAUUCAUACUUUUUUUUAACAAAUUAAUGUUUAUUAUCAUUGUUAAAAAACAUGGUUGAUGAGAACAGAACAGGCCUUCAUUUAUGGUUCAGACUCACACAGUUUCUUUGGUCCCUUGUUGCAAAUUCUCCAAAGGCUUUUUCAGUCCACAGGGAGGCAGAACACUCUGCUCAAAGACACAUCCUCAAUUAGAUAAAAUUGAGAGUAUUUGAUGUAUCUAUGUAUUUGUUGUAAAGCAAUACCCUCCUCCUCUCUUGUCGCACAAGGCACCAAAACUAAUCUUUAUCUGUGAUAAAAAAGAGACUAAAACUCUUUAGGUUGUUGUGAUUUAAUGUGAAGUAUUUGACAUCUGAAAUUACUGUUACACUUAAAAUAUAUCAAUAGAGUACAGUGACUUCUACCUGUGUCCAAAUGUAAUGUUUCUUGGAUUUUAGUUCAAUUCAUAAAAAAAAGAUCACAUGCGUUGGAAAGUGUUGUAUCUUCAGGUAUGGCAUUGAUUCUGUUGAGUAAAAGGUUUUGUAAUUAAAAGACAAUCUGUCCUUUUUGCUGUUCCAGUGAUUGUGGAACGUGACUGUAGAUCACUCUGUUAUAUGCAUUGCUGUUUAAAACUGAUAAAACGUAUGUGAAUGACCUCUGCCUGCAGCAUUCAAGCACUAUUUUUGUAGUAGUAUAAGAGAGAGUGACUUGCUCUUUAUAUGAAUAUAUAAAAAGUAUUUUGUACUUUGUUGUUAAUUCACCUCACUGAGAUGUGCUGUACAUUUUGUACAUGCAAACCUGCAUAAUUCUCAAUGUGAAACAGUGUACUCCUUUCAACGACAAAAAUAACUUGUAUCUCAAGCUUGUACACAAAAAGCUACAACAGUGUGGUUCUGAAACCAUGAUUUAGAGAUGGCAGACAAUUGCAAAGUGUUUUGCAUUAAAACUGUUAUCCUGUCUGUAACCAUUUCUGUUAGCAGGAAUAUAGUAAUGUAGUGCUUAUUCUGUAAAUAUUUGUAUGUCAUUUUUACGAUGUAUGUACAGUACACUUUUGAAGCUCAUGUGGUAGGCAUGCAACACCUUCACAGACCAAAUGAUAAUAUAUACUUAUACUGUAUACAUGCACAUACUCUUAUAAAGGUAUAUCAACGAAUAAACAUUUUGCUGUUAGCAAUA